ACUUUCGUUUUUAUGAAUAUUAAAAUUGAAAAAAAAAAAAAAAAGAAAAAAAAAAAUACAUUUUUCUCGUUCAUUGGUGAAUCUGCGAGAGAUCGGGCAUCUUCGUUAAUCUUCGGACAAUCGUUCGGCACGUUCGGCGCGAUACACAGUAUACAUGAGCAAGGCUCGACGUGCUCACAGUUGAGCGCCGACCGUCGCGCCUCGAGUGUCUUUUAUAUCACAUCUCUCGAUCGUAAAACGCGUUUAUUUUAAAUUUCGAUACAUCGAUUUUGAUUAGUGCGCGCAACAGUGCGUAAUUCGUUAUAGGUUGGACGAUGAAAGGAGAUUAGAAUUUGACGAAUCAUUGAUUUUCUUUUCGGAACAUAAAAUUAUUAUUAAAUAAUCAGUUUAAUCCUUUGUUUUCACAAGUCACGUGUACGCGCGCACGAGAAUAUUUUUAUUUUUUUCUAACAGUAGCUCGAUGCAUAGCGAUAAAUAGGUGUUAUUAUUAUUACGUAGUAUUCCUAGUCGGAAAUAAAAGGAUAGAGAUAGUAUCUGUAAUUACAACUUACUUUCGAUAGACCGAUUCGUAUUUAUAUAUACAUGUAGAAACUUUACAGGUCUCAUAUAUUAUUACGUUUAAAGCUAUUUCACUCUAAUGCAUCGUGAUCGUUACGUUGAUACGAGAUGAGAAGUAUCGAAAUAGUGGAAUGCUCUAUUGCUUGCCAGAAUUUGAAUUUAUUUCGUCGAUAUUUGAUUGUCGUCCCGUUGGUGGUUGGCGAUAACAUUUGCCAAUAACACGAUGAAUUUAGAUCAAGAAUUUAAUAUUAGUAUAAAAUAUAGUAACUAUCUAAUAGCGUAGUUCAUAUUUCUAUCGACUAUAUUUGUAUUGUUUUUCUUUCUUUUUUUUCUUUUUUUUUUUUUUUUUUCAAUUUUCUUAUUCGAUGUCGAACAGGAAAAUGAACUUACAUGGAACAAGUCUUAAAGGCAACGAGCUUCAAGUAUUUUAUAUUAUAUAUAUUGUUUCUUUAUCUUUUGCUCCCUUUUAUUUGUCAAUGAAAAUCAGAAAAUGUUUUUAAUUUGUCAAAUUGUAAAUAUUCGUAGUGACGUCUCGUUCGCAUCGGCGAAUAAAAGCAGACGAGAGUACUUUUGCUUUUGGCGUCGUUCGAAAUACGCAUGUGUCGAGCAAACCCCAUCUCGUUCGACCCUCGUCUCUUCGUUCACUUCGAUUUUUCCACUUGGCUUUUCCUUCUUUCUCUUAUCUUCGACUGCUCCGGAACAUUCGUCGACUCGAUGAGGUCGCAAAAUUCAUUAAAAUAAAGAGAAGACUCUCCUUCUAUAUCACUGAGCUUUCAAUUAACGAGGAAAAUCAGUAUUUUCCAUCUUACUUAAUCUUUAAUAAAUUGAGAUGGAUGUUUACGCGUCGCUUGUUUUUACACUUUAGGAAGCCACUCGUUUACAAAAUAUGAUACUGUGACAUUGAGUUAAAGUUCAAUAGUAGGUCGCCAAUCAUUGACGAUUUUUGAAGGAGACCUGUACGGUACUAUGUGGAAGGAUUAAUUAGCUUGAAUUCUUCCCACGCGUAGUACGAAUUAAUCCUAUUUAUUUACAAACGUAACUCUCCCGUAUUUUUCAGACUCGAUAAAUACUCGGAUCAAAUUUGAAUCUUUUCCGAUUUUUACAUAUACACACAUAUAUAUAUAUAUAUAUACAUACAUAUAUAUAUAUACAUACAUACAUAUAUAUAUACAUACAUACAUACAUAUAUAUAUGUGUGUAUAUAUAUAUAUCGAGACUCGUUUUCUUAACGAACUCUCAAAAACAUAUGUUUGUUUAUCAGUUUAUUUUUACGAUUCGCUGAUACGAAGUACGAAUGUAACAGAAUACAAACGAAGAAAUUAAAAUCUUGAAAGAAAGAAAAGAAAAGAAAAAAGAAAAAACAAAAGAAAAAAAGAAAUAUUCCACAACAUUCUCAUAAAGAGGAAUCGUCGUUUAUUUCACGCAUGAUCAAACCGCAGGAACGUAGUAGGAAUUAAAGUUAACAUAUCGAAAGGAGAAAUAAAACGUCAUAAAAACGUCAGAAAAGAAAAAGAACAAAAAAAAAAAAAAUAAAUAAAUAAAUAAAUGGACUUGGUGGGAAAGAUCGUUCGAUCGGUUUAGUUGUCGUAAGUCCUCUAGUCUUGAAAAGUUGUCGAAACCGUCGAUCGGCAGGGUGUCGGGUCUCGAGCGAUCACUGGUCGAGGAUGAGGAGGAGGGGUAUUCUAGUACGGUGGUUGGUCGUGAGCUUAAACGUGAGGUCGAGGUCGAGGUCGGGUCUAGUAGAGACUGUGAACGCCUUAGCAGAAUGUUGACGGCCCGUUCUGGACCUCUAGGGGUGCCCCGAAGUCUGGGACCCCUUGAGGGAAGUGAUCAUCUUUUCCUGCUACCAGAAAGAGCACUAAUUAUGGAUAGCAGUCGUUUGCGUCAGGACUUGGCUGGUCUCGAUUUUAAUCUACGCUUCAACAUUCUUCAAACGGCACCCCGUGGCAACGUCUGGCUAUCUGGAGCCGCUUCUGAGGAAAUUAACCAAAGGACCAGUUCUGCACACAAUCGCCACUCUCUCACGAAGGAAGAAACAAUGCAUUGGUUCGCCCAGAUAGGAGGUGACGGUGGUACUCAUGAUUUUCCAGAUAAUCAUCGGAACGAUGUGAAGCGCCGCCGAAGUCUCUACGAUGAGGACUCCCUCGACGACGAUCGUCCUGACGAGAACGAAGCACGAGACUCAACAGGAAGUGCGAAAGAUGUUGAUAGGGCUAGGCUCGUCCGUGAAAGGCAGAACGAAGAGCGACAACGGAAGCUGGAAGAGCUGAGACAACAUGCACUUGCCGCCCAACGUUUCCGGGAGCAGCGAGAGGAAGAACGUCGAAGACGCAUCGACGAGCUGAGGUCGCGAGACAAUGACAGAAGGAACCAGGUAGAAGAAAGGAAACGUUUGAUAUGCGAGGCAGAGCGAGAAAGGCGGGAGGCUAUCCUCCGAAAAAAUCAGGAGAGGGAGGCACGCAUCGAGGCAAAAAAGAAGAAUGAAAGAUCGCACAUCGUUUUUGCGUUCGGCAGUUCGACACCGCGAAUGUUGGAGCCAGCCGAUACCGGUGGUUCGACUUUCUGGGGUACACGCAGAGCUACUUCGACGACCAACGUCAUGAUGUUUUCAGCGGCUCAGCCUUUGACCAGGAGAUCCUCCGAGAGGGAACUCGAUGGCAGCAAGAAAAGAGCUACUUCCGCCGGUGGACUCGACAGAAAGCCCGGCGAAGAUAUGAGAAUGUCCUCGUCCAUGUACGAGGUGUUCAAUUGGAAUUCUAGCCCCGAUCCUCCCUUAACCCCUGGCAAACAUAAGAGAGCCAGCCUCUCUCUGCCUCCUACUACAGACAUCUUUGCCAUCGAUGAUAAGUCUGAUAGCGAUACUAGGCGUCCGAUGAUUCAGCGGGCUGUCAGUGGUGAGGAUAGUGACGGAACCCCAGGAACACCCAGUUCGGUUUAUCUUCGAGUGAACAGGAGACGUACAGACCUGAUGCCGACGAUACCGUCCCCCCGUGAUGGACCACCGACGUCCGGACGUAGCUCAUCGGCCAAGGCCUUCGCACGUUCUCCAGGUAGGACUUACUCGAUGUCGAGACUGGACCAGCUAUCUCAGCCUAGGAAACGUCCGACAGAGCUUAGUACAUUGACGGAACAGCAAAGUCAGCCUCUCAGUGGUUCUAGCAUGAGUCGCAGCAUGUCGCAUUUGGCUGCUGCCUCAGGAAGCAAGAGCCUUAAGCGCUCGGAUAAUUCUCGUAGCAUGGGUACAUUGCCGGGUGCAGUUCCGAUGCCGAGACCUACCAGGGCUGAAAGAUUGCGUCGAAAGGCUCGUGAGCUUCACAGUCAACAGCAGCAAGGUAUCCGCAGCGGGGAGGUGACGCCGAACAGCCCAUCACGACCGCACAGCUCCAUGAGCCAGCAAAGUGCCAGCAGCGUGGGUAGCAGUAACGUCAAUCUGCGUCCUCGUACGGCUGCUCCGCGUCGACCGCGACCUGCUUCUAUCGCCGGUACCGGCGUUUCGGUCACAGAGCGACACAAUUUCUCAGGUGACGCAAAAUUAACAAAGGAUUCAAAGCCACCACUGCCAAAGGUCCAUAGUACUCCAAAGAAACCCUCUAUGCCUAAAGCAUGCGAGAUAAAGAAACCAACGGAAAAAUUAAUAAAGAAUGCAAAGGCAUCGCCACGAAUAACUCCAAAGGCAACGCCUUUGCAGAGUCCAGGUGUCGAGCAUUCGCCUCUGAUACGCGAGGCCACUGAAAUAAUCGGACAUGAUAAUGAUAAUAAAAAUGGUAAAUCGGAAGAAAGGAACGAGGAAAAGAAGGAUCACGGUUCAGAGAAAGCACAGGACGUAGUAGAGACGGAAUUAGUUGAUAACGAAGAGAAAAACGAGUUUAAAAAUGAUAUUAAAAAUGAAGUUAAGAAUGAGGGCCCGAUAGUCGAACAACCGGUACCAGUAGCCGCUAUCAAACAAGCCAAGGAUGAUAGUAAUUUCAUGCAGGAAACGUUAUCCUCACAAGAAUCCUCCUUGAAGAAAGACGAUAACAAUAAAGUAGAGAAGGUAGAAAAGAAAUUGGCGAUGGAACAGGAAGGAGAUACCGAAGUCGAUAACGAAGAACAGAUCGAUAUGUCUGCUUCGAUGAUCGCAAAAAUUAGAAUCACUACGGAAGAGGAGGCCAAAGCCGCCUUGGCGGAACGCAGAAGAUUAGCUCGAGAACAAGCGGAAAGGGAGGCUGAACUCGAGCGUUUACGAUUGGAAGAGGAAGCUCGUUUGGAAGCUGAAAAAUUACGUGCCGAGGAGGAAGAGCAAAGACGUUUAGAGGAGGAAACUUUGCGUUUGGCGAACGAAGCACGGCAGGCUGAGGAACAAAGAUUAAAAUUAGCAAUCGAGGAGGCAAAACGUCGUGAGGAGGAAGAUCGAAGAAGACGAGAGGAAGAGGCUCGUCAAAAGCAAGAGAAGGAAGAGGCUGAAAAGAAAGCGCGAGAGGAAGUAGAAAGACAACGAAUCGAAAUGGCCGAACGUUUGAAAAAAGAGGAAGAAGAGAGAAUUGCUAGACGUAAACGCGUUGAGGCGAUUAUGCUCCGAACACGUGGAAAAAAUCAAUCCAAUACACCGACGAAGGGUGAGGGCGGAGAUGGUGAUAAAUUAAAAGAAGAUAGUCCUAGCGAUGAAAAUAAAUCAGCUCCAGGUAGUAAAAACGAAGACGUUAUGACAGCGAGUUUAAUAUCUGAAGCUACUCAGCAAUUUAUAAGCAGCGAACAGCGUGCUCAUCACGUAGAAAACGUUACCGCGCCGACUAUCGUGCAUAAUGGCACGCACAGUAAUGGCAUUAAUGAAAAUAAGAUAGUAUUGGAUAAUAAUCAGGGUAACGUCGAGGGAGGAUUAAAUGGUCAUCACACGAAUCACGGGAACGAAAUCAACAGUCAAUCGAUCACACUGGAUAAUGCCACCGUCAAACAAAACAACGUGACCAACAGCCUGUUAGACCUGUCAGAAUUCGAUACUCUGAGUAAUAACAGUAGUGGUCCAACGCUUGAAUUGACGCUCAACAUGGCCAAGGAAGACACGCUCAACUCGAAUUUGAAUCCAGCAGCCAUACCAUUUACACCUAUGGCAAAUACCUUUACGUCUGCUGGUACUAAUGCCAACAUCAAUCCUUUCCAAGAUGCUUACGUGAAUAAUAAACAACAAGAGAGCAAUCAAAUGUCAGAUCUUUUGUCCUAAGAUUUUUUUAAAAAUCUUCUGGUGAGCUAUCGAGAGAAAGAAUAAAAAAAAUUGGAUUCGGUGUCCAGUGUGUCUGUGGCAAUGGAUAUAUUCAAGAUAACGUCGUUUACGAUAAUGUAAAUAAGCGCUUUGAUAUAUGUGUAGAAAAUGAAGAUCCCAGCUAGAAGGAAGGAAUAUUAUAGUUCAGGGAAAAUUAUUUUGCCCUUAAAUCUUUGAACUUUUAACGUUAUUAUCGAUGAAAAUGUAAAAUAAUAUAUAAUAUUAGUCAAUAAUAUGCAACAGCGAUUCUGAGCACCCAGUCUGUCGUAGUAAUUCUACAAUAUAAAGAAAAGAAAAAGAAGAAAAUAUCAACUUGUGAGUUUUUAGAAAUCCAUUGAAAGAUUUAAAAAAAAAAAAAAAAAAGAACUAGAAGGGCUAGGAGGGAGGAGGAAGAAUAUGAAAAAAAUAAGACUUGUUCAUAACGUACAAUUCGAGAUACAUGUAAACAUUAUACUGAAUUCCAUCGAAUCAUUUACGCGCCCUUUCCUUAUUUUGUCAUUGACGUUUCACAAUCAGUAAACGUUUAAUAGAAAAUCGAAUGGAAAAAAUAUAAUCAUGCAAAACACAAACUGAGAUACGAUGAUAGUAGAACUUCAAGUGAUUAACCAAGUGUGUAAAACGGCUUGACGAAUAUAGCACAAGAAAAACUAAGGAAAAAAAAAAAAAAAAAAAAAAGAAAAAUAUAAUAAUAAUUAAUAUGCAUGAUGAGUUUAAUAACACCCAAUCUGCCAAAAGAACAAAGAAAUAGGGUAAACAUCACUAAUAAUAUUCUCUUACAUAAUAGAUAGUACAUUAUCUUAUAGAGGAAAAACAGCCUAAGAAUUACUGUGUAUAAUAAGAUAUUUUGAGCUGAUAGAAAAAAUAACUUUUCUUCCAUAUUACAUUUUGGAGUGCGCGCUCCACUAGUCAAGCAAUUUUACUGUGUUUGUCAUAUCUUGUUUUUUGAAAGCUCACUAUCGGUACCAUAUUAUACAUCCAUCAUAAUGAUACAACUAGAAUUCAUUAUAUCACUGAUAUCUUUCAGUUCAUUAUGAAUAUCUAGUUGUAAGGAUGAUUAUUACUUUAAUAAAAAUAGCCACUGUUGUAUAUGUUAACAUAUAAACUUUUUAUAAUGACAAUAUUACAUUGAGUUUUAUAUAGUUAUUAAAGGUAAUGUAGAGAUCGUAUCUUGAUUGAACAAAUGGAUACAAAUGUCAACAUUGUUAGUGAUUUUUUUUUUUUUUUUUUUUUUUUUUGUUUUUUUUUUUUAACUUGAGUAACAAAUGUGAAGAAAAAGAUAAGAAGUAUAUUUUUUUGCUAUUCCAGUGGCUAUUUACGAUAGUAGAGUGUACUGUGAUGCUAUCAUGCAUUAUUGAGCAGGUAUUGGAAUUUAUAUUCACGAUGUGAGUUAUUUGUUAUUACUGUAGUAUAGCAUUAUAAAAUGAAUAUGAGAGUAAUAUGCCUUAUGUUUCAUACUUGCGAUAUUGCAGGUGCACCAUAUUAUGGGAUUUGCAAGCUUAUUUAUAAUGGGUAUUAUAAAUUAAUCCACUUUCUCUUAUUCUAAUUUCUGAAUAGCAUGAAAUAAAGAAAUUAUUCCCAAGACAGAAAUAAUGUUUUCGACGCAGAAACUUCAUGUACAGUUUGUUAUUCAAUGAACCCUUACCCUUUUAUAAGAAUACUUUUAUGAAAGUUAAUCUAAUUUUUUUACUAUCCUCCUUUCGAAAAUAUUUUAAUCAAUUUAAGAGGGAUCGUAGGCAAUGAUAUUUAAUUAUAAAACACCAACAUAUAUAUAUAUAUAUAUAUGUGUGUGUGUGUGUAUACAUAUAUAUUAUUAUUAAUAUUAUUAUUAUUAUUAUUAUUAUUAUUAUUAUUAUUAUUAUUAUUAUUAUUAUUAUUUUUAAACAAAUAAGCCCGAUUCAAUAUGGCUUAAUAUAGUAUUUGUUACAGUCAAAUAAAUUGUUUUUUCAAAUAUAAUCCAGUUAACGAUAUAUCAAUAGUAUGUACUUAGUAUUGGAGGACAUAGAUCAGUGCUAAUUAAACAAAUAUUUAAUUAAGCUCCCGCGUCAUUUAAAUCAUCCAAAUACAAAGGAAAUAUGAAAUUCCUUUGUCUUUUAAAGAAAAUAUAUAUCGCUUAAAAAGAAAAAGAAAAACAAGAAUGGAAAAAUUUUGUUUGUAAAAAAAAUUUAUAAAGUCAUUACUAUUUAAUUUUGGCUCUAUAAAUAUGCUUGUUCUUACUUAUUGGCUAUUAAGGAUAAUUAUUGUAAUAAAGUUUAUUUAUUUUUCUUAAUCUAUUUAAAAAGAAUUCUCUCGUUAAAUAUGCUUGUCCUAUGUUUGUCGCCGUUUAAAAAAAAAAGAAAAAAAAAGGAAAAAAAAAAUAGAAAGGAAAAGGAAAAAAAACCAAUAUCUCUUUGUAUUAAAGUUUUUCUAUAAUAAAAAAAAAAAAAAAA